AUGGCGUUUCUGGGAGUUUCCCGCGGCGGCGGCGGCAGCUCCUUAGGCCUUCUGGUCUGGCUCUUGUUCCUUUGGCCACAGCUCCGUGAGCGUGCCAGACCCAAGGAGGAUUCUGCAAUGAGCCGGGCAAACGCAGAGGCCCCCUCAGCUCCAGGACCCCUGAAAUCUGAGGCGGUUCCAACAGCUCCAGGGCUGCCUGCACCCCCAGCGGAAGAUGUUCUGCAGACCCCGCCUCCCUUUGGAGGGUCGUUCGUACCAGCGGUGAGGGUGGUGGGCGCAGAUGCAGAGACACUGGUGGUGGCGGUGGAAGGCGGUGGAGGAACAUGUGGCCAUCGGAAGAUGAGGAUAGUUGGUGGAAGGCCAGCCCCAGACAGAAAGUGGCCCUGGCAGGUGAGCCUGCAGAUCAACAAUGUACACGUGUGCGGAGGCUCCCUCAUUGCCCCGCAGUGGGUACUGACUGCAGCUCACUGCAUAUUUGGCUUUGAGGAAUAUACAGGAGAUUCUGGGGGUCCCCUGGUCUGUGAAUUUAAUGACACCUGGGUCCAGGUGGGGAUUGUGAGUUGGGGCAUUGCCUGUGGUCGCAGUGAAUUGCCUAUAGUUUAUACAGAAGUUAGCUCGUACAAGGACUGGAUCACUGAUCACAUCAUUAAGGUGUCCUCCUGUGCCUCAGCUGGAUUCUUGAUCCUGUCACUGUCCCUGGUGUUGCCCCUGGGCCUCCUGGUGGCCCUGUGA